AGCAGCACAUUAAUCCACCCAGCUAGCUAGGCAGCAACACAUUAACCCACCCAGAUAGCUAGCUAGGCAGCAACACAUUAACCCACCCAGAUAGCUAGCUAGGCAGCACCACUUUAACCCACCCAGCUAGCUAGCUAGGCAGCAGCACAUUAAUCCACCCAGCUAGCUAGGCAGCAACACAUUAACCCACCCAGAUAGCUAGCUAGGCAGCAACACAUGAACCCACACAGAUAGCUAGCUAGGCAGCACCACUUUAACCCACCCAGCUAGCUAGCUAGGCAGCAGCACAUUAACCCACCCAGCUAGCUAGCUAGGCAGCAGCACAUUAACCCAGCCAGCUAGCUAGGCAGCAACACAUUAACCCAGCCAGCUAGCUAGGCAGCAACACAUUAACCCAGCCAGCUAGCUAGGCAGCAGCACAUUAACCCAGCCAGCUAGCUAGGCAGCAGCACAUUAACCCAGCCAGCUAGCUAGGCAGCAGCACAUUAACCCAGCCAGCUAGCUAGGCAGCAGCACAUUAACCCAGCCAGCUAGCUAGGCAGCAGCACAUUAACCCAGCCAGCUAGCUAGGCAGCAGCACAUUAACCCAGCCAGCUAGCUAGGCAGCACCACUUUAACCCAGCUAGCUAGCUAGGCAGCAGCACAUUAACCCAGCCAGCUAGCUAGGCAGCAACACAUUAAAACCUCUUUGGGCUGAGAUCCUGCUAACGGGAUCGAUAUGACAGCCAGUGAAAGUGCAGGGCGCCAAAUUCAAAAAAUAAAUCCCACAAUUAAAAUUCCCCAAACAUACAAGUAUUUUACACCAUUUUAAUGAUCUACUUCUUGUUAAUCCCACCACAGUGUCCGAUUUUCAAAAAGGCUUUACGACGAAAGCACACAAUUAUGUUAGGUCUGCACCUAGUCACAGCCAAAGCGAGGAGUCACAAAAAGCAGAAAUAGAGAGAAAAUUUAUCACUAACCUUUGAUGAAUAUCAUCAGAUGACACUCAUAGGACUUCCUGUUACACAAUACAUGUAUGUUUUGUUCGAUAAAGUUCAUAUUUAUAUUAAAAAAUCUCAGUAUACAUUGGUGCGUUACGUUCAGUAGUUCCAAAACAUCCAGUGAUUUUGCAGAGAGCCACAUCAAUUAACAGAAAUACUCAUAAUAAACAUUGCUAAAAGAUACAACUAUUAUGCAUGGGAUUAUAGAUACACUUCUCCUUAUUGCAACCGCUGUGUCAGAUUUAAAAAAAGCUUUACCGAAAAAGCACACCAUGCAAUAAUCUGAGUACAGCGCUCAGACACCAAAACAAGCCAUACAGAUACCUGCCAUGGUGUGUAGUCAACAGAAGUCAGAACUAGCAUUAUAAAUAUUCACUUACCUCUGAUGAUCAUCAAAAUGCACUCCCAGGAAUCCCAGUUCCACAAUAAAUGUUUGUUUUGUUAGAUUAAGUCCAUUUAUGUCCAAAUACCUCCUUUUUGUACGCGCGUUUAGCCCAGUAAUCCAAAUUAAUGACGUCCGAUCACUAGAUCCAGACGAAAAGUCAAAAAGUUCCGUUACAGUCCGUAGAAACAUGUCAAACGAUGUAUAGAAUAAAUCUUUAGGAUGUUUUUAACAAAUCUUCAGUAAUGUUCCAACCAGAGAAUUCCUUUGUCUUCAGAAAUGCAAUGGAACUAAAGCUAACUCUCACAUGAAUGUGCGUGGUCAGCUCGUGGCUCUCUGGCAGACCUCUGACUCAUUCCCCUCUCAUUUGCCCCCACCUCACAGUAGAAGCCUCAAACAAGGUUCUAAAGACUGUUGACAUCUAGUGGAAGCCUUAGGAAGUGCAAUUUGAAUGAGUUGGAAAAACUACCAACUUCAGAUUUACCACUUCCUGGUUGGAUUUUUUUCUCAGGUUUUUGCCUGCCAUAUGAGGUCUGUUAUACUCACAGACAUCAUUCAAACAGUUUUAGAAACUUCAGAGUGUUUUCUAUCCAAAUAUACUAUGCAUAUAUUAGCAACUGGGCCUGAGUAGCAGACAGUUUACUCUGGGCACCUUAUUCAUCCAAGCUACUCAAUACUGCCCCCAGCCAUAAGUUAACCCAACCAGCUAGCUAGGCAGCAACACAUUACACCAGCUAGCUAGCUUGGCAGCAACACAUUAGCCCAGCUAGCUAGCUAGGCAGCAGCACAUUAAUCCACCCAGCAGCACAUUAACCCACCCAGUUGACUAGGCAGCCUGUGCCCACACCACACUGCUGCUGACUCCCUGCCAGUCCUGUUUCCCCUACCCUGUCUUUUAUUAAGAGGUGGCUAACGUGUGUAGCUACAUUUAACAGUGUGUUAUGAUAGAGGAUUCCUCUAAGGGCUUUUGGCUACACUCGUCUCACGGCGACACUCCUAAGAUGUAAAGCAGAAUCGCAGAUGUGUGGGUCGGCGUUGGCUCAAAUGUGCAACUGGACAGUGGACGAUGUGGAGAAUUGGCUCAUCUACGUGGAGCUGCCGCAGUAUGUGGACGCCUUCCGCAAGAUGCAUUUCAACGGGACUGUCAUGCCCAGGCUGGCUGUGAAGAACGCCACUCUGACGGUGUCCAUUCUGAAGAUGCUGGAUCGCAGCCAUGUUCAGAAGCUGCAGCUCAAGGCCUUGGACACUGUGCUGUUCGGCGCCCCACUCAUGAAUAGACAUAACCACCUAAAGGACUUCAUGCUGGUGGUUUCCAUAGUGAUCGGCAUUGGAGGCUGCUGGUUCGCCUACAUCCAGAACCGUUACUCCAAGGACCACAUGAAGAAGAUGAUGACGGACCUGGAUGGACUACAGAGGGCUGAGCAGAGCCUUCAUGAUCUACAGAAGAAGCUGCAGAUAGCCCAGGAGGAGCACCGUACGGUGGAGGUGGAGAAGGUGAACCUGGAACAGAAGCUGAGGGAUGAGAUUAACUGUGCCAAGCAGGAGGCCCAGCGGCUCAAGGAGCUCCGCGAGGGCACAGAGAACGAGCUGAGUCGGCAGAAAUAUGCAGAGGAGGAGCUGGACCAGGUGCGCAUGGCCCUCAAGAAGGCAGAGAAGGAGCUGGAGUCUCGCUGCAGCUGGUCCCCACCAGAGUCCCUCCAGAAGUGGCUGCAGCUCACCCAUGAGGUGGAGGUGCAGUACUACAAUAUCAAGAAGCAGAACGCUGAGAAGCAGCUACUGGUGGCAAAAGAAGGGGCAGAGAAGAUCAAGAAGAAGAGAAAUACCAUCUUUGGGACCUUCCAUGUGGCACACAGCUCCUGUCUGGACAAUGUGGAUCACCAAAUUCUGACAGCCAAACAAGCCCUGGGUGAGGUGACUGCUGCUCUGAGGGAGAGGCUACACCGCUGGCAGCAGAUUGAGAUUCUGACUGGGUUCACCAUCGUCAAUAACCCUGGGCUCUCCUCCCUGGCCUCCACCCUGAACCUUGACCCCAGCCUCGUGGGUGGCCGGGCCACACCCCAGCACUUCAUUAUGUCUGAUGACAUGGACGACAUGGACGAGGACAUCAUAUCGCCCGGUACUCUGCAAUCUCCCAGUAUGAUGUCCCUGCGUCAGCGCCACAUGGACUCCCAGCUGGCCAUGGGCUCUCAGAGGUUGGUAGAGACCUGCCUGUUGGCGGGGCAGCAGGGAGACGGUACCUCCAACUCAACCAGGUCUAGGGCCACCCUCCAACAGUCACACAGCCAGUCCUUCCAACAGUUUGAGGCUCUCCCCCUGCCUCCCCUGUCCUCUGCUGUCUCGCACCCCGCGAUCAUCUGCUCAUCCCCACCUCUUUCCUACCGUCAGCCCCACUCCUUCCACUCCUCCUCCUCCUUACACUCCACCACUCCUCACUCCUCCCAUGUCUAUCACUCGUCUUAUUUUCAGCCCAUGGACACCAUCCCAGACUUCCAGCGCAGCAGCAGCUUCGGAGAGUUGAACCGCUCAGACUCAGACUCCUCCCUGUCCCUCUCCCAAAUCGGUGAUCGUCUGUCCGCCUACAGCUCCAAGGGCCACCUGGUUAAACCCACCUCCUUCCUGUAUGGCCAACCCGUCCGCUCUGCCUCCGACGAGCCCUCCCUGCAUGCCCACACCCCUAACGGAGGGAACCGUGUCCAUGAAGGAGGAGCCCUGGCCGAGCCAGUCCCAGAGAGCCCCAUCCUGAUGAAGAAGGUGUACAGCAUCGAGAAGUCAGCCAGCCUGGGAGAGAUGAAUGUUGGUCUCGUUGGUAUGUCUAUGUCAGAGUCCUCCCGCUCCCUCAGCCCCAACUCCACUGACGCUGACACCCCCUCCCCCACGGGGGGCCAGCCUGGGGCCACAGGGACCAAGGGAGGCAGCCGCGUCCCACAGCUCUCUUCCAAGAAGAGCCCUCUGGAGGAAGACAGCGGCUCCACGGGAGAAGACACAGACUCCGUCGCCAGCCGUAAGAAACACACCUUCAAGAUCUUCAAAAAACAGAAGAAAUGAGGGCUACUAAAGACUAUUAAAGAGCUGUCCAAUGUGUUUCUCUUAUUAUUGUUUCUGUUUUGGAGAAGUUGUUUUGGGUUGUUCAUUGGUCACACUCGGUGGUGCAAAUCUUUGCCUUUAUGGAUUUGUAGGUACUUUCCCUGAGGAACUGUGGGAGCAACCAGCUAUCUGAUUAUAUGAUUUUUGUCCUGAUGAAAUUUGGAAUGGGUGGUAUUGUAUAGUGGAAUGUAAAGCACUAUUUAUUUAGUAGGAAAGGGUGCCAGUCUCUCAAAGGGAAACAAGUCUCCUGGGUGGAUGUCUUUUGGUUUACUUCAACCUGUAUCAGUUUGCAUGUCUUCACCUUUGUUUGACUGAUAUUCUCUGAAUGCUCAUAGGUGUUUGCUUGGUUCUUGUUCCUAUUCUGCUUAGACAACACUUAACUCCGUUGUUUCAUUUGGUUCAUCCCCAGCCACCUUAUGUGUUUUGACAAAAAAUGGUGUCAGAUGGACCUUUUUUAAGUACUUAAUGGUAGUCAUUUUGGUCAAUUGUGAGGGGGGCUGAAAAGGGCUGAACAAUACUUGCAAAAACCUCCCGAAUCAAUUGUGCUAACAAGAAAUGUAGCAGUCAAUGUUGGCAGAACUCUUCCAGUACAACUGCAGACACAGCAACACAUGAGGCAAACAUUUCCCUUCGGAAGUGACGUAGAAGUGCUUGAUUUAAACCGCUUGAAGACCCCCAGCACAUACAAAGCCAGGUAGCCUGUGUCACAGUGCAAGAAGUAAUUGUCCACGAUCUAAGUUCCCUAAUAGAGGGGAAAGUUAUUAAAAGGACUACUUGAACUAUAUGAAUGUAAUGUCAAAUGUUUAUUGAAGUAAAUGUCUACAUUUGCAAAUUGCCAAUCGUAUCAAUCUACAUUGCAGUUGUUGUAAGAGAGAUCAUGUGGAACAUUAUGACUGCUGUUGGAGGUGCCAAAACAAAAGACUGGUCCAGUGGCCUUUUCUUCUCAUCAGCUAUAUAUGUACUGUACAUUAGACGCCGCUUUAGAAUGAGUAGCACUGCCUUCCAUUUUAUCUGGGGACUCCAAACCAAAAUAAGGUGAUCAAUUUGACAUUGUCACCCACAUAAUUUUAAGUAGAGCGUUUCAAGCAGCGUUUGUAUUUCAAACACUCCCAAGUUGUUUAGAGCAUUCUGGAGAGGUGUUUGCUACUUUAGCUUGUUCUGUAGACUACCCUGAUCACCUAUUGUCACACUAUACAGAUCCAAAGUCAAGUACACAAUAACAGUAAUGGUAUCUGCUGGUCACUAUUAUAAACUCAAUUGCCAUUAAUGGUUUUGAGGGCACACAUGGUUUAGAAAAGGAUGUCACGAUACAUUCUGGUUGUAGGGACUCAUAACUUUCUAAAUAAUUGACGUGCUGCUCCUGAAUCUGCGUAAUAACCACAGCACUUCUCCAAACGACACCAUCGCCCCCCAAUGGAGGCCUCACACAGUGCGAUUGAUGGUAUGGAUGAAAAAUGUAAUUAUUUUUCUUUCAUUGAUCAGUUGAAAACAUGAACUUCCUAUUGGUACUUUUUAAAGUGUAAUUUGUACCUCUUCUGCACGAUGAAGCUGUAAUGUGGAUUAUGCCGUCUAUCUGUGAGUGUCUGUCUGUUGCCAGGAUACUGCACUGAUGCAUGUCAGCUACAGUAUUAACGUCUAUAAUGGGCUUGAGGCAGAGGUCAGCUCGAGCAUCAUGACUCUCCACCCCUACUUUAACUCCCGACUUCUCAUUUUGAGCUUCUAUUUAUGAAUACAUAUAUUUGUACAGAGAAAAAAAAAUGUUGCAUCUUCUGUGACGUUCUCUAGACUUUUAUGGCACUCUUGCAUGGUAGCAAUAAACUAUUUUGAAUGAAA